UUUAAUUAUGCUCUGAGAAGAGAAGCAGUCUUUAUGAAGGGUGCCACCAGGAUGGACAAGGAUGGUAGGAAGCCAAAGACCUAUGUGUCCACUUUCCAGCUGGCCCUCAAGCCUCAAGCCAGACCUUUCUGUGUGGGGAACGGACUGGAUACCACUGACAGGACAGUGAUGAGAAACAGCAAACUAGGAGACUCAUCUGCAAAAGAUGCCAGGCAGACACCUAUGCAGGUCCUGGAAGCACCUCGUUUCAAAGAAACACUCAGGGACUGUACAGUCCGCGAAGGAAAUGAUGCUACUCUUCAAGGUGUUAUCACAGGAUGUCGGCCUCUGAGGGCUUCCUGGCUACACAAUGGUGAGAGGGUGCAUUCAAGUAAGACUUCCUUCAAAAAUGGUGUUGCCAGUCUAUCUCUGACUCAGUGUUCACCUGGAGAUGCUGGGACGUAUACCUGCACAGCUGAGAAUACUGCUGGCAAACAGUCAAGCAGUGCUGAGUUACACAUCAUAGCUACAAAGGAAAUCCCAAGAAUAACUAACCAUGAGGUGCUCGGUGAGGUCACACUGAAGGCGGCGUCACCCAAAAAGAACACUGAAUUGUCCUCAGCUUCUAAAGAGGAAAGUCAACACAAAACAGGAAAAGAUAAAGUGCAAUUCAUUGGCUGUCUUUUGGGUGCAUUGUUUGCCACUACAACCAAACAUGACUGCUCACAUGUGAUUGGUUGGAUACCUAUUUAUCUGCCUAUUGUAGAGCAUGCCUGUAAAUCCACCCACUUCUUUGCAGUCUCCACAGGUAUCAGAGAUCUUGACCUCCAAACAAAAGUCUCCAGUAGAAAAGGACCUCCUGUGGAGUUUCUACACCCACCAGACCAGGUGGAGGUUCGAGUGGGAAAGCAGGCCCGGCUACACUGUGAGUUCAGGUGCAGCUCUGUGCCUGUGGCUUGCUGCUGGAUUUACAACAGAGACAAGGUGGUAGUAGGAGGGCCGAGGAUAUCUGUCAGGAGCAGUGACACAAAGAGCAGUGUGGAGAUCUCUCAGGCCUGUCCAGAUGAUAAAGGCUCCUACACUGUCAUAGUGAAAAACCGAGAAGGCUCUGCCCAACAUACAGUCUCCCUCAGUGUCAUAGACCGGCCUGACCCACCAGCAUCCAGCCCUGUUGUGUCCCAGCUGUCCACUCAGUCCCUGGUCCUGUCCUGGACAGGUCCCAGCUACGACGGAGGCACAGCUGUGUUGGGUUACAUCGUGGAGGUCAGGCAAGAAGGCCCUGAAAAGUCCAGGAGCUGGACUGAAGUAGUACGCCGCUGUAAGAACACAUCUUACCAGGUCUGCUCAGGCCUGAAGCCUCAGGGGCAGUACCGCUUCCGUGUCCGAGCCUACAACACUGCAGGAGUUAGUGAACCAAGCCAGGAGUCCGACUGUGUCAAGAUGGAGACUAAAAAAGAAGAAGAAAAAAAGGAAAAGCCCGAGUCAUACGUCACAGUGACCAUUGACACCAAACAUAAGAUCAAGGACCACUACAAUGUACAUGAGAAGCUGGGAGUGGGGAAGUUUGGCCAGGUGUUCCGGCUGUCCCACAAAGAGACGGGCAAGGAGUGCGCAGGGAAGUUCUACCGAGCCCGGACCUCCAAGGAGAAGUCGGAGGCCCGCAGGGAGAUGGAACUGAUGAACUGUCUCCACCACCCAAAAGUGGUCCAGUGUCUGGCCGCCUAUGACACACGCUCAGAGAUGGUCUUGGUCAUGGAGUAUAUUGCCGGUGGGGAGCUCUUUGAACGCAUCUUGGAUGACAACUUUGAGCACACAGAGCCGACCAGUGCCCGAUACAUGCAGCAGAUCCUGGAGGGCAUGCAGUUCGUUCACAAGCUGAACAUCGUCCACCUGGACCUCAAGCCAGAGAACAUCGUCUGUGUGGACACUACCGGUACGCGGAUCAAGAUCAUUGACUUUGGCUUGGCCAAUAAACUAGAGGAGGGUAAACCUCUGAUGGUGAUGCACGGUACACCGGAGUUUGUGGCUCCCGAGGUGAUCAGCUAUGAGCCUGUGGGCCUAGAGACGGACAUGUGGAGCAUUGGAGUCAUCUGUUUCAUCUUGCUCAGUGGAGAAUCCCCCUUCCAGGGAAAUAGUGAUGCUGAGACUUUGUCUCUUGUGACUGCCGCCCGUUUUGAGUUUGACCCAGAGAGUUUUGAGGACAUCUCUGAUCAAGCAAAGGACUUUAUCAGCUCUCUAUUGAAGAAAGACCGGAGAUGCAGACUGUCAUGUGACGGGGCCCUCGCCCACCCCUGGAUGGUCUCUUUUACCCCUCUGAACCGCAGGCCCACCAAGUCCCUCAAUAAGGAGAAGAUGAGACGUUUUCUGGCCAAGCGGAAGUGGAAGAAAACUGGCAAGGCUGUCUUGGCCCUACAGCGGAUGGCUAACCUCUCCAACAGGCCAGACUCUCCUGGCAGCUCCUCAGAGGAGCCAGGCUGGAGCCAAGAGGCAGAGAAGGCCAUCCAGUCACUGGAUAAGCAGCUUCAGAGUGAACCUCGCUUCCAGAAGCCCCUGAAGGACACCACCCUUCCCAAAGGAGCAACAGCUCAUCUAACAUGCCUUGUCAAUGGCUUCCCACAGCCAGAGGUAAAGUGGCUUCAGAAUCAGAAGCUGGUGUCUGAGUCAUCCAGAGUGACCACGAAGUUCCAGGAUGAUGGACUCUGCUCUCUGGUUCUGGUUGAUUUAGAGCCUCGUGAUUCUGGGGUUUAUGUGUGCAAGGCCAGCAACAAGCUGGGGGAAGCGAUGUGCUCUGCCAAACUGAAAGUGGAGAUAUGACCAAGGAUAAAACCACCUCAACAACUUGGGAUUUCCUUCAUUUGGACAGGAACUUUUCAGAUGUAGACUGAUUGAAAUGGUUUGAAACCUGGAUGAUGGACAGUUAUUCACUGCCACACAAAAGGCUUCUUACACAUAAUUUCAAGGCAAAAAUGGUGUGUUGUGGUGUUACAUAUGUUAACGGGCAAAGACCCCUACGAAGUUUUACAAAUCACCAUUUGGUACAUUUACUAUCUUUAAUGUGUGGUUAACACAUUCAACUAAUGCACAAGGUUUUGUUAGGUUGUAUAUUGCUACUCAUGGUGCACCACGGCAUUGCUCACAAGAACACCAUGUGAAAAUUUGUACAUUUUUGCACAUUUAAAUAUUGUUCAAUGUAAAUAAAAAUUAAAGGCUGAAUUUUACAGGA